CUCUCAAGCACUAGACCCCUUUUAUCAGGUUUACGUCUGGAAACUUUCCCGUCCUCUGUUGAGCCUCAUCCUCGAGGACCUCGACAGUCGACAGGCUCGCACCAGACCAGAACAGCUAAUUCUCACUGUCGAAAGCUCCCAACCACCCUCUCAAUACUCUAGAGGCGUCAACACAAAUCGACUUCACUGCAGAAGAAGACAGCUCACUAGCUCAGGGACAGAAGAAGAAGAAGAAGAACGACACGCAGAGAAUAUCUUGGAUGGCGAUUAUUCCUUGCGGUAGUACAUGGGUUGCGCAAUGGGGAAUUCAACCAAAAACUAUGUUAUGGCCCUCUGUCACAAACAAGUUGAUGAUAUCAUCCGGAUAUGGAAUUUCAAGCAAGAUAAAAUAUUUGGACUCAAAACAUUCGAGCUUAUUGUCACAUGGCUGCUUGCAUGCAUUGUUUAAUACAAGGCCAACCCAAAAUGUUCGUCAUCAUAAGGGGGCAAGGCUUGUUGUUAGAGCUGAUAGUGAUUACUAUUCUGUCCUUGGGGUGUCAAGGAAUGCGAGUAAAUCUGAAAUAAAAAGUGCUUAUCGGAAACUUGCUAGGAAUUAUCAUCCUGAUGUUAACAAAGAAUCUGGAGCGGAGCAGAAAUUCAAGGACAUAAGUAAUGCCUAUGAGGUCCUGUCAGAUGAUGAGAAACGGUCCUUAUAUGAUAAGUAUGGGGAGGCUGGGCUUAAAGGUGCUGGUAUGGGCAUGGGGGAUUUCAGCAGCCCAUUUGAUUUGUUUGAGUCAUUAUUUGAAGGCAUGGGUGGUAUGGGCGGGGGCAUGGGUAUGGGAGGCAGAGGUUCCAGACGUAGGGCAGUGGAUGGCGAUGACCAGAUUUACAAUCUAGUAUUGAAUUUUAAGGAAGCAGUUUUUGGGGUGGAAAAAGAGAUUGAGGUAACCCGGCUUGAGACCUGUGGUACCUGCAAUGGAUCGGGAGCGAAACCAGGGACCAAGCCAACUAAAUGUAGCACAUGUGGUGGGCAGGGUCAAGUUGUUGCAUCGGCAAGGACCCCAUUGGGGGUUUUCCAGCAAGUAAUGACCUGUUCAGCUUGUGGGGGGACUGGUGAGAUGUCUACCCCUUGCAAUACAUGUGGGGGAGAUGGGCGAGUCAGGAGGACAAAGCGGAUUAGUCUGAAAGUUCCUCCUGGUGUGGACUCAGGUAGCCGGUUGAGGGUCCGAUCAGAAGGUGAUGCUGGAAAGAGGGGUGGAGCACCUGGUGACCUUUUUGUUGCUAUUGAUGUUCUCCCAGACCCUGUACUUAAACGUGAUGACACCAACAUUCUCUACACCUGCAAGGUGUCAUACAUCGAUGCCAUAUUAGGGACCGCAACCAAGGUUCCGACAGUGGAUGGCAUGGUCGAUUUGAAGAUUCCUUCUGGUACCCAGCCAGGCACAACACUGGUGAUGGCAAAGAAAGGUGUGCCAUUACUAAAUAAGAAUAACAUGAGGGGUGAUCAGUUGGUUCGUGUGCAAGUUGAGAUCCCAAAAAGGUUGAGCAGUGACGAAAGGAAACUCAUUGAAGAGCUUGCUGACCUCAACAAAGCCAAGACUGCAAAUAGUAGAAGAUAGUUGUGGUAGUGUCAUCACCUGUUUAUUCAUCUCACACUUGCCCUCACCAAUCCAUAAAUUUUUGUUCUUUCAAAGACGAGUUCCAAUUGACAAUGUAUGUAUUUGCAAAGGGGAAAUUUGAUCCUAGGAUCUCUGGAUUAGGUUGGAAGGGGAGCAGUGGUGAGUGCAGUAAUAGGUAUUGUUUUGUUUUUGGUUUAAAUUUUGAAAUAUAGAUUGAUAGGCCAUGAGAAAAGAAUAUUUUAGGGGGGGGGGGGGGGGAGGGUGGUUCUGCUUAUUCUCAUUCUGUUUUGUUUAUCAAUUCCAUUCACCUGAUAAUUUAUUAGCCUGAAAGCACAUAAAAC